CAAACCCCCAAUCUCUUCUUCACCAAAAACCCUAAUUUUCUCGUCUGAGCGGCCGGAGCAGAAUCCCAACAGGUUAAAUAGAGACAGAGAGGAAUGGCGACAGUUCCAGGACAACUGAUAUGGGAGAUAGUGAAGAAGAACAACUCUUUUCUGGUGAAGGAGUUCGGCCGGAGCCACGCCGGCGUUAGGUUCAGCAAGGAGCCCAACAACCUCUUGAACCUCCACUCCUACAAGCAAUCUGGGUUGGCGAACAAGAAGACGGUGACGAUUCAGCCAGGAAAGGAGCAGUCUGUGCUGCUGGCGACGACUAAGACCAGGAAGCAGAACAAGCCUGCUUCUCUGCUUCACAAGUCUGUGUUGAAGAAGGACUUCCGCCGCAUGGCCAAUGCUGUCAACAACCAGGUGGUAAAGAACUUCUACCGUGCAGAUCUGAAGCAUGCUGCCCUAGCAAGGUUGAGUGCUGUUCACAGGAGCCUCAAGGUUUCCAAGUCUGGUGCCAAGAAGAGGAACAGGCAGGCUGUCAGAAUCUAUGGCAGGAAAUGAGUUGGAAGGGGAUACACUAGCGUCAUCGCAUGUUUUUUUUUUUUUUUUGGAUUUCAGACAUCUUUGAAACGAGUACUUCGGAUUUUUGUUUAGCUGUAUGCCUGAUACUUUUGGAUAUUGAAGUUAUGAUAUGCUGGUAGCCUUGUGGUA